UAUUGUUUUUGUGACACAAAUAGUGUUUAGGCACUGGUCUCUCAUGGAACCACAACAUUCUGAAGUCCGCGGGGUGACCGAUGCCUCUCUUGGCCAUGAUGCAACUCUGUUUGCCCCAUCCCCCGAUGAAAUUCGACUCUUUUACGAACGACUGCUCCUGUGGAGCGUCCUUCGCCCGAAUGGCGUUCGACGAGCGAUGCCGGUGCGCACUCGCUGGCAGCGCUACCUUGACUCGCUCGCCUUCCUGUGCGACACGCAAGGUGGAGGCAACACGGUCUCGGCGCUUGUCGUACAAGAUCGCUCGACUGAACUUCGCUACUGGGUCGCUCGCAACAGCAGAACAGAGGUCGCGGUCAGCCGGCUCAGCUGGCUGCUGGGACAGCUGCAUCCCUUGCGGUCGCCAGCCCUCGUUCUCCUUGCAGAAGAUCGUAUCCUUGGAGAGAUUGUGGGAGAUUGCGAGCGUAGGAUAGACGAUUAUCACAGACGUCUUACUAUUGUGAUGAAGGA